AUGUUCUUCUUCUUCACCUGCGGAACACAUACAUUCACAUCUCCCCUCAAAGGCACCGAACACAUGACUCUCCAAUGUCUAAACUGCAACAACCGCACGGGAAAAGUGAUGAAGCGCUGGGAAUGGUUUACCUUUUGCUUCAUCCCCGUAAUACCGUUUAGUCUGAAGCCAUACAAGGAGGUCGGGUGCCACAUAUGCAAUUUCUGGCAGGACAUUGCGUAUAGGGAGGAGCCUGAGCUGCAGCAGUUUGGUGGCGGGACGAAGGUUCGCGGCAAUGCGGUUAUGAUGAACCAGUAUGGUGGGCACGGUGGUGGUGGUGCUCCCGGAUAUGGACCGCCGCCACAGGGUGUGCCGCAGUACAAGUAG